UAUUUUUAGAUAUUUAAAAGGAACUUCUGAUGUUGGUUUGUGGUAUCCCAAGCAUGAAAAUUUUGAUCUUGUGGGAUAUACCGAUUCAGAUUUUGUUGGCAGCCUUACUGACCGUCGAAGUACAACUAGGAGCUGUCAGUUUGCUGGCACUUCAAUUAUUUCUUGGUCAUGUAAAAAGCAAGUUGUUGUUGCUCUAUCGACUGCAGAAGCAAAGUACAUUGCUGCUGGCAGCACAUGUACUCAGCUCUUGUGGCUUAGAAACCAGCUAUCUGACUAUGGUAUGCACAUUUCAGUUAUUCCUCUAUUCUGUGACAAUACCAGGGCAAUUUGUAUGUCUAAAUACCCUGUCCAGCACUCUCGCAAUAAACAUAUAGACAUUAAAUACCACUUCCUUCGUGAAUUGGUCCAAACAGGGUGUAUUCUUCUUCAAUAUAUUAGCACUGAGUAUCAACUUGCAGAUCUGUUUACCAAACCUUUGGCAACUGACCGAUUCACUUUCCUUUGCCAUGAAAUUGGAUUGCGAUCUGCUCAGUCGAUUCCUAAUUUUGCGAUACCUUAAUGGUAUCCUUCUUGCCUUUUUCCGUUUUUUUUCUUUCUGUCUUUGUGUCGUUUUUGUUUCCCGUUUUUUGUUUCUUGCUCGUGGUGUUCUUAUUCCUUUUUAGUGUUGAUUGUUGUAUCUGUUCUUGCCUUGUUUAUGGUUGUUGCGGGUCUAUUUAUUCGUGAGUCUUUGUUCGUGUCUCUGCAUCCCUUGAGAGUGUUUCCUUGAGUGCUUUGAGAGUCUCCCCAUCAUGGCUUACUCUUUUGCUGUCACCUUCUCUAGAACCCUCUUCCAUGACCCUACUCUAAACUUCCAUCGCCACUCUCAAUCGUUUGCUAAUCGUCCUAUCUCUCCCACCCUCCUUGUUCCUUUUCCUGGUCUUUAUGCUCAUGGCCUUGAAGUUCGCCAUUGGGUAAAUAACCUUGGCUGUAACUUUCUCCUGGAAAACCAUCCAGCCCUUAUGUGUCCUGAGGCUAUCAGGAUGUUUUUCUCCAACUUACGGUACUUUGGCCUGCAAUCGCGCACUCUUACUACCCUAGUCUUUAGCCAUCUGUUGACUCUGCCUGCUGAUGAUAUUGGUCGCCUCCUUGGCUUCCCUGCUGUUGGAGAAAAUCUCGCCCAUGAGUCCGAGCUUCCGCUCUUAAACUUCAACAUUGCUGAAGAAGUUGUCUAGUUGACGGGGCAUCAACCUGAUGAAGACUGUACUCUUCCAGCGUCUAUACUUCUCACGUACAUGAGGGUCCUUCAUUACCUUAUCACUCGAUUGUUUGUGCCUCGCUCUACUUUGCUUGAUUGAGUCAUCCCGCUGGAUCUUUGGAUUAUGGCACAUGCUGUUGCAGAGGUACCCCUUGAUUAUUCUCAUUUAUUCUUUGGGGUUGUGCUUCCUUUCAUUGAUCACAAUCAUCCUGCCCCUCUUCCUUUUGGUACCCUGAUCUCUCAGCUUCUGUUGGCCCUUCCUAUUAACCUCAAUCCCUAUCGUUUUGAGUCCCCCACCGUCUGGUUGACCGUGGAUAUGAUUCUUGAUGACCUGGACAUUGCGAUUGAGGGAGAGGUGAACCUGAUAUGGAUUAGCGAUUCAGAUUAUGACUCUGACGACUCUGAUACUGGUAAUGCUGAUGGUGGUACUGGUAAUGAUGGUGAUGGUGCUCCCGCUCCUGCUCCUCUCGAACCUUUUGCCGCUGCCAUCCUAGAGCUUUAUGGAUCAUAUUUUGAUGCAUCCCAGGCGUCCCUUAGUCAUCUCUCAGACUCUGUUAAUGUUGUUGAUCUCAAAGAUAUCCUGUUUGGAGAAGAAAUGGAUGACUAAGCUUCAGGUUGUGAGUUAAGAGAGUUUUCUUUGUUGUCCUUGUUUCGUUUUGAUGUUUGAUCUCAGGGAGAGAUCUGGAUUGGUUAUUGUGUUGACUUGGUUGUUUGAUCUCAGGGAGAGAUCUGGAUUGGUUACUUUUGUUGGAUUGUGUUUUCUGGAUGAAUCUGUCUUUCCCUUGUGAUGUGUAUGUGUUUUGUUGCUCUUACUAUUUUGCAGGUUCUAAAGCAAUCGACAAUGUCAAACUUAGGGAGAGAUUAUUGGAAUAUGGCAAGUCUGAUUUGCCAAUUCUCAAGGCCUUUGCAGAAUGCUCCAAAUAAGGGAAAUGCUUCAAUCAAAACGGAAUGGUUGCAAAUUGAAUGCAAAGGUUAUGUUCAAAGUAAAUUGAACAUAGUACAAAAAUGAUACAUCCAAUGUUUUGGAGAUGGAAUUUGGUUAAUGCUCGGCUAAAGAAUGCAUUACGAGUAAGCCACAAGUGACGAGGAAUUCCUAUGAUGCUUGUGAAGACAUGAUAAUUUAUUUAUCAUGCAUAUGGUUUAUGACUUGAUGAUUCCUAUGCCAUAAGGGCAUGGAAAAUAAAGUUAUGAUAGAUCCUUACAAGGAUUGUAUAAGCUUGCCAAAGAAUGGUGAUCAUCAAAAUUGUUUGUGGUAUAUGUACACUAUACCAUUGGCAAACAAUUUGACUUACGAUUAUUGUGUGUAGCUAUGUGUCAUAAUUGUUUAUGGUAUAUAUAUAUAGACAUAUUCCAUUGGAAAACAAUUUGGCAUGAGAGCUCAAUUGAGAUGAUCUUAUUGAACUUAAUGUCUGAAUUACUUAUGGUAUAUAUAUAUGAAGUAUAUCCCAUUAGGAAGUAAUUAGACCAUUGACUUAAAAAAUUUAUUGGAAUUACUUGUGGUAUGUCAAGCUUCUUUAAUUAGUCACUCGUAAGUAAUUAAAUGGGGUUCCAGUAUUGGAAUGCAUCUGAAUUACUUGUGGCAUCUUAAAUUGUCUUGACCAAUAUCAUUGGUAAGUAAUUAGAUGAUAAUUCUAAUAAUAUCUUAAUUGUUUGUGGUAUGCUAAUCCAAUUAGUUCAUAUCAUUGGUAAACAAUUAGAUGAAGAUAGUUGUUGUCAAUUUCAAUAAGUAAAAGCCAUGGAAAAUAAAUGGAUCAUUCCAUGAUGUUUGGCAAAUGGUAGAAUUGUGGGGGAGAAGAGAUAGCCAUUGUUGCGGCUACUAUCUCAAAACCCUACAAUGGGACGCAAACCUAUCCAUAAGAUGAAAAUGGAAAGGUCAAACAAGUCAUACUUGAAAGUAUAAAAGUGUGUCCAGCGAGAAAGCGCAAGUCCUUAAACCUUGUGGAGUUAACCCAAUCCAAGGGUAUAACUUAUGAGUAAAAUCUAGCAUAUGUUGACAAUUAUGUCAGAGAGCUUGUUUAAGAAAUCCAAAUAAGAUUUCUUAGGAAUGUUAGUACACUCUUUCCAAAGAGAAAAUGAUUUUGAUCAUAUAUAUGAUGGUAUAUGAACAACAAUCCCCUUAUCGGAAACAUUGGGUUUCAACAACUACAGAAAAAUAGUAGAAAUGUGGGGGAUAAUUGGGGAGAAGUGAUGUGGAUGUCACUUGGGUGAUUCCAAAGUGAAGUGAUGUGAAUACUUAGGAGUUUUACGUAAACCCUAAGCUAAGUCAUAAAUCUUACUACAUUUGAAGAGAUACUUGUGAAGCUCAAGUACUCUAAGGUUAAUGAAGUAAAGAUAGACUU